CUCUUCACAGUGAGAAUCCCAAAUCCAGUAAGACGCAUGCGUCCGACCCCAAAGGUAAACUACUGCUAACGAUUAUGUAUUUAAUUACAGUGUGUUGCUCUCAUUGUUGUUUAGAAAUUAAGGUGUAUGAUGUCAUGUGUGACACAUCAAUUAUUGAUCGCCCCAGAUCUCUUACCUUCUCUUACACGCGCACACCUUGGUCAUUCUGCACUUGUCUCUGCUGAAGCGCUACCUCUUUCCUUCUCAUCGUCCGCUCGACUCCUCUGCUUUCGUUUUGGAACAAAGCCACGAUGGUGUCUCCCGCCAUCGCUUUGGCCUUCCUCCCGCUCCUGCUGACGCUGAUUAUCAGGUACCGCUACUUCUUCGUGCUGUUCUACCGGGCGGUCCUGGUCAGGAUAUGGAACGACUGUGCCACUGGCCUGAGUCGCGAGGAGCGCGCCUUCCAGUACGUCCUCACCCAAGCCACCCCUGGAGACCCUGACAGCAUCCUGGACACCUUUGAUCUCUGGUGCAGCAAGGUGGAGUUCAUCAGCAACAUUGGGCCUAAAAAGGGAAAGAUCCUGGACCGGCUGCUGAUGGAGCAGAGCCCUCUAACAGUGCUGGAGUUGGGCUCCCACUGUGGGUAUAGCACGGUGCGGAUCGCCCGGGCUUUGCCCUUGGGUGCCAGGCUCUACAGCGUUGAGAUGGACCAAGGGAAUGCUGCCAUCGUUGAGAAAGUCGUUCGCCUGGCAGGGUUUGAUGAUGACACGGUAGAACUCAUCGUGAACCCAUCUGAUGAGGUGAUUCCUCGGCUGAGGUCUGACUAUGGCUUAGAAAGGCUGGAUUUUGUGUUUAUGGACCACUGGAAGAAGUGCUACCUUCCUGAUCUGCAGUUGCUGGAGGGCUCUGGUCUGCUGGGAAAAGGGUCGAUGGUAGUGGCAGACAACGUGCUGUUUCCUGGGGCUCCAAAGUUCUUGAGAUACAUCAGGAAGUGCGGCCUGUAUGAAUGGAAGAUUCACCGGGCAACGCUGGAGUACAGCAGGGGCGUCAGGGACGGGAUGGCUGAGCUGGUGUUCCAGGGGAUCAAGUAGAUCAUGCAGACUGUGGCAAACUGGGAUAUCACAUGCUAUUGCUCAAUUACACAUUCUGGAUGGUAUACGUCAUGUUAAAGCAUUAAGGAAUAAGGAAUCUAAUGUGAAAAAAAGAAGUGGAGUGUCUCAGUGGUUCUUUUGUCAUGCAACUCAAGUGAAUGAACUGCCCGAAUAUCAUCCGAAAGAUCUGCAUACGUGAAUAAUUAUUUCUUGUCAUGACAGAUGCCUGAUCAAACCUAAUGCCAGAAAUGACAUAAGUAUUUUAUGCUGUAAACACAAGAUAAAGAAACUAACAUAAGCAAAUUCAUUAAGUUAUAAAAAUCUAACUUGGUGUCAGUUUCAGUUUUAGCAAGUUUGUAAUGAAUGUUAUGACUCUUGGUAGGAACCAAAACAGUGAACUGUUGACCUCUUACUAUAAAUGUUGAAGUGAAUUAGACAUUGGAUUUACCAACACUAUCUGUUCUUAACU